AUGGGAACGGGAGAAGCGCUGCACAUUCCAAGACCCGACCCCAACACCAUGAGCUCGUACCUGCCCCCGCAGAGCAGCGGAAUGCCCUACAAUUCAGGAGCUAACGGCAUAUCCGCCCCCUCUGGCCGUCCGGACGGUCCCUCAGGCGCCUUCAUGCCGCCUCCACCUCCUGGAUCGUGUCUAAUGUGCUACAAUCCCAACGUGGACGUGCUUCUCGAGCCGUGUCACCACCAAUUCCACGCUGGCUGCAUCGAACGCGCGCUCACUAAGGACAAGGUCUGUCCUACAUGCUGGACACCCAUCCAGGCGCCACGUCGCCUCAUGACUCAGCAGUACGCGGCGCAGAUGCAAGCGAGUGUCUCCCAAGACAAUGGUGGCUACCCUUUGGACAGUAAAGCGCACGUGCUGGACGGCACCACGCAUAACGCAGCAGCGGCUGGAGGAACUCCCACAUCCAGCGCAGACGGUAACACGCCACCAGCCAGUAAUCCGCCCACCGCAAUGCGCAAGGGCAAGUGGACGGCCGAGGAGAGCGCCUACUGCGACCGUCUGAUCGAGGAGUUCAAGAAAGGCAAUUUACCUUUAGCCGAGGGCACGACACUGCGAACUUUUUUAUCCAAACUGCUCAAUUGCGACCCAAUGCGCAUCUCUAAGAAAUACACAGGCGACCAGUGUAUUGGGAAGAUCAUUUUCCGACGACGUGAGGACGAAGUAUCCAAGGAGGACAUGGAGAAUAUCCGUAAGGACCUGGCAGAGCUGGAGAAAACCUACUUGGAGAGAGAGCAGUACAACCAGCGACGACGCGAGAAACGACUCGAGUCGGAGCUCUCUAGGGACAAGAAUCGCUUUGCGACGGCCAGAUCCAUUGGCUACGCAGCAGCAGCUGCAGGAAACCCAGCGGCCAUGAGAACUCCGCAGCCACAGCCGCAGCAACACCAACAGCAACAGCAACAGCAACAGCAACAGCAACAGCAACAGCAACAGCAACACCACCACCAACAGGGUUAUCCCGCUGCAUCCAUGCAGCCAAUGACCAAGCAGGCGCCUCGCCCAGUGCCCGCACAGCAGCCUCCCGCUGGCUACGGAGCUUCAGGGCGACCAGGAGCGAUGCCCGUCCAGCCACCUCUACACCCUCCCCAACAGAACACUAACGUCUCUUCUCAUGUAUUUAAUGGCGACCACAACAACGUGUCGAUGCUAGGCAUUGCUGGAUCUCAGACGCAGGGUCCAGGUCAGCACGCCCCCAACGGGAUGCAGGAUAACAAGCUUUCCAGCAAUAGCGCUCCCAUGGACGGCAACUCGAGCGACGCGUUUCCUCGCGUGUCAUCUAUUGACAGUUUUUCGUGUCUCUUCCCUCGUGUGGCCAGUAUCGAGAACUUCCAGCAUUCGACGUCAUCAGGCUUCAAUGGGAUGAACCCCAACGCCUCGUACGCGUCGACGGAGACGCUCAACACGAUGACCAGCUCUGGAUUCGACGCACAACAUGCCAACUUGCCCAAGCCGCUGUCUAUUGGCGAGGGUCUGAACGCCUAUUUCCCCCGUAUUCAGUCGCUCGAGCAGCUGUCGAAUUUGCUGCAGGAUCAUGGACCCAACAGUCCUCGUGCUGCUUCUUCGGCAGCGCAGAACCCUCAAAACUCCAUGGAAAACGCAGCAACCCCCAACAAGCAACAGGACAAGGACAACGCCACGUCGGGAGGCGUCCGGAGGAGACUCGGUGAGAUUGGGAUUAAGGAGGAACAGCAGCGAGAUGCCGUCGUCAAUGCUCAGAGUUGUGACACUAGCGGUAGCGACGAACACAGUGCCGUGUCCACUUCGACGAGCGUGACGACUUGCUCCGCUAGCACUGGAGCCUCCAAGCGUCUUAGCCCCAGUCACAAUGCGUCGUCAGGCUCAGGGAACCAGAUUCAGAUCCCCAAGCCUCUGAACAAGAUGCCGCGGAGCUCGUCAGGCAUUUUUCCGCGUGUGCCGUCGAUGGACAAAAUGCCGCGUGUGCCCUCACUUGACAAACUUCCGCGCAUUCCGUCGAUGGAUAAACUUCAUACCAUGGGAGGAGGAGAGCAGCGUAUCCCCAGAGUCCCGUCGAGCGAUAAAAUGGCGCGUGUUCCGAGCUCCGACAUGCUGUCUCGCUUUGGCUCUGGCGACCUCAGUAGCUUUCCGUCCUUCUCGAACCUGAGCACCCUAUCGUCCAGCGCCUCGUACGACAAACUGAGCUCGCUGGGCGGAUUCAAGUCUGGGUUCCCGCGUAAUUCUUCAAUUGAAGAUAUCUUGUCGCUCGUGGCGUCGUCCGAGUCGACCGGUCUUCCUUCUAAUGGCUCGGCGAUGCAAUUGAGUGCGCUGGCUGCAGUUGCUGGUGAAGAAUCUUCACACUUGGCUAACGAACGGAAACGUCGAUUGGAGAACUCGCAGCAGGAGGCAGCGCUGACAGCAGAUAACAAGAAGAGCAAACUAUCGACGUGAAGGUGAGAGACUCACCCUUCACAGUGGAGGAUUUAUAGAUAUGGCUAUUGUCUCGAGCUGGUCGAGUGGAGAAGGACACCCUGCACACGAUAUAAUGGUGGCCGACCACUUGGACAGGCAUUAUAUUCAGUGGCGGAGUGCUCCUUCUCUCAAGCUGUUUCUUUUUUUUUUUUGCCUUUUUUGCCGGUGGUGCUCGUAGUGUAGUUAAUGUAAGCGCAAGCAAUACCUAUUAAACUUUUA